AGUGUUAUUUGGAAGCCACGCCAACUUUAUGACUCGCAACUUCCUUCAGCAAACGACAAUUCUUUUAACAUAAAAGCAUAAAAACAUAACAAAUCUCCCAUAUUCUUCUCCUUCGGCAAUUUAUUUUUUAAGGCCCUCAACAUCUUUCUACUAGUUUACCUAUACCUUGGUACCUCCUAACCUAAGGUAUUUGACCUAGGAGGUGGCUAUCAUAGUAAACACAGGAAUCUUGCAACAACAACUUAUAUCAAACUUAUACCAAGUAUUUUUAAGCCUCUCUGUUUACCUAGGCUAGGUACUUUAGGUGCUUUGCUUCGGGCUUUGGAAAAAUGAGCCAAAACGACCCUAUCAAAUACGACCCCUCGAGGCCGGACAAACUCAGGGCUUUCGCUGACCGCUACCAUGAGUCUUGUCAACAUCACGCGAGUGAUGAACUCCUGAUCAGGGACCUCAUUCUGUAUAUUGAUAGUGUUGAGUCGCAUUUCCAACACGAAGUCAAUGUUUUGGAAAAGAAACUUAGAGAUCUGCAGCUGGACCUCGAUAGCUCAGAGAGAACCCGAAGAGAUAUUCAGGCAAAGCUUAAUGUUUUGGAAACUAAAUUGGGUUACGCUCCGGAUCACAACCCUUAUAUUGUCGUUCUCAUCGAUGGCGAUGGACUAAUCUUUAAGAAUAGCUCCGUCAAUAAGGGUGUCGAAGGUGGAAAGAAGGCAGCUGAUGAGCUAAUCAAAGCUAUAAAUGAAAGGUUAAGCCUUACCCUUACCGAAACUACUUCGGUUACAGUCUUUGUUACCAUUUAUGCCGACGUUAUUGGCUUGGGAAAAGCUAUGAUACGCGAUGGUUGUCUUUCUGACAGCAAUACUUUGCACGACUUCGUGAUAGGCUUCAACCAGGCCAACGUAUCCUCCACCUUCGUAGACGUUCGGCUUGGUAAGGAGCUGGCUGAUGCGAAGAUCCUAGAUUCUCUUAAAUUCCAUCUGCGAAACUUCAACUGUAAGAAAGCCGUUCUGGGCAUCUCUCACGACGCUGACUAUGCCCCGAUUUUGGCAAAAAUGAUCACCGACGAUACCAAGGACCGUAUAACCAUUCUUGAGGGGACCCCGACUGUUCCAGAACUUGUCGCUCUGGGGCUCCACACCUUCAAUAUCCCAAGGCUUUUCCGACACGAGAAGUUAUCAGUCAAGCCACAGAACAUAACAAGCCAAAGUCCUCCUAUCCCAUCCAAUGCCGCAUCGUGGGCGUCUGUAGCUCGGACACCGGCCAGCCCGCUCCCUAAAAUUACUCUACCUAUUCCUCUUAAAACCACAGCACCACCAUCGCGAGCAAACCAGCAACCCCCAGUGCCAUGGAACCCCGGACCCCGAGGUUUAGAUCCAGUUAUCCGAGUUGAUCGGGCCGUCAUGGAUCGCCUUAGAAAGAGGAGGGAUACGGAUAGGUUAUGUAACAACCACUUUCUUCGAGGCCCUUGCACCAGGGGUAAGGAAUGCCAUUUUACGCAUGACUAUAACCCCACGAAUGAGGAGAAGAAAGUCAUCGCACUCUUUUCCCGCUCAAACCCCUGCGCUUUGGGGCAGAACUGCACAAUCUCUGAUUGUAUUUACGGUCACCAUUGUCCCUUCGUGAAAGAUGGCGUGUGCGUACACCCGCAUUGCAAAUUCCGUUUAAAUGAGCAUCCUCCUGGAACGGCGUUCAGAGGUCCGAGACCGAAGAACGAAGUUAAGGACAUCAUCUUUGACGACGAAUACGAAGAUCAGAACUUGUAGCCAUAUGGCUUGCGGCUCUGCCUUCUCGUCUGUCCCUAACAUGUUGGGAGGCUGUCCCAUUUAUGCGCUCAUACCUCGAGAACUGACAAGAAGAAAGAAUGAGGAAAAGAAAGCAAUCAAGUUUUACUUCAGAUAAAAGGGCAUUUCGAAAUUUAUCACUCAACUGUUUGGUUCAGAACUCGAAAGGGCUCGGUGAAAAGCUAUGCUGAGAUAGUUCCGAACAGACGAAGAGGGAAAUACCUGCCGAGAUACUUCAUCGGUAGGGUUAGCUUUGCAUGAAGUACGGAUUCCGCCGAGACCACUGUAAAAUGACGGACUUUUCACAAAUAAGUGAAUAGUCUUUGGCGGGUUGAUCUCUUGCGAUACGCUGCCUUGGUUACGGACUUGGUUUACGGCAUAGUAAUGUGACAGGGUACCAUUUCUGAUAAAACGUUGGCCUAUGGUGAAAUGAUAUCUGCUUGGAUGUCUUUACCGAGAAAAGAAAGUUCUAUAGUCGUUUAGGGAUACGUAUCUACCCGGAUAGGUUUUGUCGUGUAUGAAUUGAAAAUUAAAUAUACCAG